UUUGUCGAUCGUCCACUCCAUUUCCCACCUCUCUGCACAUGUCUUCCGGCUGGUCGAAUCAUCUUCUCAGGAAGAGGCAGCACGCCUCUUCCUUCCGCUAUCAGCACGAUAUUCGCAUUCUCCACCAUGUUUCCGACUUGGUGAACAAUGUCCCAGAUUUUAAGAGUCUUCAGGGACAGGGGUCCGACUAAGGAAACUUUCUCUUAUCUUCGUACGCAAUUGACUCGUUCUUAAUAGACCUGAGGCUGCUGUCUCUUGUUUUUCAUCUUCCCGUCUUUCUCUCACUCCCUUGAUGCCCGUCUCACCCGUGUCCCUUUUACGGUCAAUUUGUACAACGCCAAUCUGAUUGUCGUCCUACAGCUUGCUACCUAGCUGCUCCGGGCCGUUUCGUCGGCUAAUUCAGAUAUCUCUAUCUUUCCUUACCUCUGACAGGUGCUGGGUUAAUACAUCGAUCCUGCCAUCGUGUCACGUUCACGUCUUCCCCCAACUCCUUCAAUGUCUAGAGAAUUCAUCAUCAAAGAACAAACCUCCGGCGACGGUGCAGAUGCCUUUGCAUUGCCUCCAGCCGCCCUAAAUCCAGCCAAAAGUGAGAGCGCGAGCAGGAGACCUUCCAAAUCAGACUCCUCGGCCUACUUUCCUGCUUCUCCUACCUCGCCCGAACUCACUGGCCUGGGCCGCAAUGCAAAUCCUCCCCGUCAGGCUGGUACCAAGAGGUUACUUGAGGAUUUUGAUCUUCCCCCUCCGCCGACCCGGACCCGCAAGAUCAUCCAGAUGAAGCCCAAGACACAGACUCAGGCCAAGCCUGCCACAACAAACAGCAAGCCUUCAACCAAGGAUAGCGCGAAGAACCAGCCUGCCAACAAUGCAAACGCCGCAGCAUCUGCCAACUCGAAGAAAAAGCAGCCUAGUGCGACAAGCGCCGCGGGUCGGAAAAUCGCCAGGAAAACGGCGCACAGUCUUAUCGAGCGUCGGCGGAGAUCUAAGAUGAACGAGGAGUUUGCAACUCUCAAGGAUAUGAUCCCCGCUUGCCGGGGUCAGGACAUGCAUAAACUUGCCAUUUUGCAGGCAAGCAUUGAAUAUGUCAAUUACCUGGAAAAGUGUGUCCAAGAUCUCAAGACUGCUGGCAGUCAACGGACGACAGCAUCACCGUUCAUGCCGCCUGCUCCUCCCUCUCCCAUGUCACCCGAGAUGCUCGGAGAAGUUCACAGUGGGACGCAAUCAACGUCUGUGUCUCCAGAGCUACUGCCUAACGGCGCUCACACCAACAACACUUCACCGGCUUUCUCUCCUCGUAGCCGGAUGCCGUCAAUAGGGACAGCGAUCGAAUUUUUGCCUGCGAUCCUUCCCAGCCCGGCGUUAGGUCCAGUCCGCUAUGGCGAGGGAACCAUGCAUCCUCCACGUGGCUCAUGGACCGUCCCGUCAUCAACGCUCACUUCGCCCGUCAUUCAGCCACGAGCCAGCAAUGCCUCGUCCGGAACCGACGCGGACAUUGACCAUGAGGCCUCCGCCGCUCUGCUCAUGCUGAACAGGGACCGCCGCGGAACCGUUGGCUCUAUGCAGGAGGGCGUUUCGAGUCCUGAAUCUCGGGAGAACAGCGGAAUGUCGAUACAGGACUCGCAAAAGAAGAUGGGAAUGAGUGUCAAGGACUUGCUUAUUGCAUAGAUUGUAUUUCGAUUGUUCCGGCGUCAGGAGGUUUAGCCUGAUUCAAAAGGGAUUCUGGGUGGUGUUCUGUUUUCUCUCGGUAAUGGAGUAUGAAGCCGCAUGACUACUGGAACUUUAUAAUGACUAAUGAUCUUUGGGGUUUACGAAAUCAAAUACUGAUUUACUGCCGCAACCAAUACACUUGAACGAAUCAACUCUAGGUCAAGUUAAACUUAUACUCCGUAAACGAACAUAUUUCAACGAUCAAUGCCGUCAGCAGCCAUAGCUCACUAGUAGUACCAAGUCAGAAAAAGCCCCCGCCUGAAGCAUCGAGGAUGGAACCUAA